UCACGUUUCUCCAAGUAGUUAAAUGUUUAGUUGGAGAACGAGCAAAGUGGAAUGGACGUUCACCACCGGACUCAACAGGUCGAAGGUGUCUCCUUCAGUUCUGAGGCUGAGUGAAACCAUAUUUGAAAAAGAGAACCAAGAUGGAGACGCUCAACUUCACCUACUCCUCCAACCUCAGCUCCAACAGUGGAAACAGCAGCCUCUUCUCUGGGAGUCCCUAUACGAUGGUAGAGAUCGUCCUCAUCAUCCUAGUAGCCGGUUCACUCAGCGUCGUCACCAUCAUUGGAAACAUCCUGGUCAUGCUCUCCAUAAAGGUCAACAGAAACCUGCAGACCGUCAACAACUAUUUCCUGUUUAGCUUGGCCUGUGCCGAUCUCAUCAUUGGCUUGUGCUCAAUGAAUCUCUACACUGUCUACAUUGUGAUUGGACGCUGGCCUUUGGGCCCGGUGAUGUGUGACGUGUGGUUGACUAUUGAUUAUGUUGUAAGCAACGCAUCUGUCAUGAACCUCCUUAUCAUCAGCUUUGAUCGCUACUUCUGCAUCACCAAACCUCUCAGCUAUCCGGUGCGUCGCAGCACCAAGAUGGCCGGGAUGAUGAUUGCGGCAGCCUGGGUCCUGUCCUUCGUACUGUGGGCACCUGCCAUUUUGUUCUGGCAGUUCAUUGUGGAAGGGCGAACAGUACCACCUGGCAAUUGCUACAUCCAGUUUUUCUCCAACGCGGCUGUGACUUUUGGCACAGCUAUUGCGGCUUUUUACCUGCCUGUGGCCAUCAUGAUCGGCCUCUACUGGCGCAUUUCAAAAGCCAGCCGUAGCCGGGUACAGAGACAUAGCAGGAAACCCUCAGGGACCAGCCUGGCAGAAGGCCCAUCACAGAGCCAGGAGGAUGGGUCCAGGUCCAACAACUGUACUGGGACUUGGAAGGAGGAGGAUGGUCAGGAGGGAGUGACGAUUGAGGAACUGUCCCAACACCACAACGGGACGGGGCCAGACAGAGAGAGCUCCACAACAACACUCAGCAACACUGCCUCAUCUUCUAAUCGAAGAGAAGACCCUGGCCUAAGAAAUGGUGAGGACACACCCACCCGGGCACGCUGUUGCCCUCAGAACCAGGCCACGGGCUGUGGGACAAACCUUUCCUGCAUCAGACGUAACCCCUGUUCAGAGAGGGAGACAUACACAACCCCCCACAGCAAAACAGACUCCACCCUGGCCGCAGAGAAAAAGAGCCUGGUGACACGGACAUUGUUAAAGAUGACCAAAAGGAACUUCAAUCAAAGCCCAGAGAGGUACACAACUAGGAAAGGCACUCCAUCACGGGAGAAGAAGGUGACGCGCACUAUCAUGGCCAUAAUGGUGGCGUUUGUCGCCACAUGGACGCCUUACAAUGUCAUGGUGCUAAUCAACACCUUCUGCUCCAGCUGCAUCCCCAAGUCACUGUGGACUAUUGGCUACUGGUUGUGCUACAUCAACAGCACCAUCAACCCGGCCUGCUAUGCUCUGUGCAACACUACCUUUAAGAACACCUUCAGAAAACUGCUGCUCUGCCAGUACAGGAACAUGCGGCGGUGAGGUCAAGAGCCCCCCCGGUGGGGAUCUCACGGCUGAGAAACAGCACACUCACGGAUCUGAUAGGACUGGAUAGGUGGGAGACAGGGAGGUUACAUUUCCACAGUAGACACAUAGGCAAAACAUUAUAUAUUGCAAUAUAUUUCAGUGAAAUGGAAACAUCUUGAAAUAUAUUGGGUGAAUAUAUUUUAAUAAUACAUUGAAAUAUAUUGGAUAAAUGGAUGUGUAAAAUGCUUGACACAACCUUCUCCAUCCAGAUUAUCAUGUCAAGUCUCCUAUAUAUUGGCAUAUAUCAUUAAAUCAAGUCACUGCAUAGUCUUUUAAACUUUAUAACACAUAAAAAAAGAGUACAGGAUAAUUAAACCUCCAGGCUCUAGAAGGUCUGGACAGGGCCUAAAAUGUUUUCCUUCCAAUAUAUUUAAAAAUAUAAACUUAAAUAUAAGGCUAAAUCUGUAAUUGUUUGAUAUACUUUGAUACAUAUAUUGAAAUAUACGUACAUAUAAGUCAUAUA